AUUCAUUCUGCACAUAUGGCCCGACGGAUCACGGUUUGUAUCAGCCCGUACCAGCACAAGCUUUCCUUCCCCACCCCACUCGCCGCCGCGCACCUGUUCCGAUCGAUCGAGAGAGGAAAAAUGGCGAUGGCGGCGGCGAGGAGAGCCCUCCUGACCCACAUCCGCGUGCCGGUGGCGCGUCCCGCGGCGGCGGCAGCGGGGACCGUGCCCGUCGCCCGGCGGCUCUUGUCGUCCAUGACGGAGGAGACGAAGGGGUCGUUCCUCGACAAGGGCGAGGUCGCCGACCGCGUCGUCUCCGUCGUCAAGAACUUCCAGAAGGUUGAGCCUGCAAAGGUAACGUCUACUGCACAUUUCCAGAAGGACCUCGGACUUGAUAGCUUGGACACUGUCGAGGUUGUGAUGGCGUUUGAGGAAGAAUUUGGCUUCGAGAUCCCUGACAACGAGGCAGAGAAGAUUGACUCCAUCAAAACAGCGGUCGACUUCAUCGCUUCGCAUCCUCAAGCAAAAUAAGGGCGUUCGCGGCAUUUCUUGGUUUCUGCUUCAUGUGCUUUUGCCUCCGGAACUUAUAUGCAACACAGAACCAAUUUUCUUUACUUGCCCAGUGGGUGCAUGAUCUGAAGUUGUUCUGCUUGCACCUCCUGAUGGAUAGGAAGUUCUUUCUUUUUGUCAAUCCGUUGGAAUAAACGGUGUACAAGUUGGCUGUUAGUUGGUUUUGUGACCCCAUUUGCAGGUGGUGAACACCUUUAACGGCCAAAUUUGUGAUA